UCCUCCCUCUCCCUGCUUUUCCCUACACCCAUCCUCUCCCCCACAGCAGCCAUCUCCCCCGCAGCAACUGGAAAGAGGGAGGGGGGCGGAGUUGGGGACUGAGGGAUCAGAAGACCCACAGCGUCCUGUAUCUGAACGAAGCUCUUGCCGGGGGCAGCUGUGCUGGUUCAUGCUCCCCUCUCCAUGCUGCUUGCCUCCUCCAGCAUGAUGCUGGGGACUCUGGGCCUUUGGGUACUCCUCCCCAUAGCUGUGCAAGGUAAGUGUCUACAGGGUGGGGCAGGGCCUUUCCACUCGCCCAUUGAGGGAAAGCGGGACUUGAAGCAGCAGCCAUCCCUUUGGAAGAAUCAGUGGGGUGGGUGAGUGAGGGCAAAAGGUACAGCCAUGUGUCCCCAUGGUGGGGUCAGGUUCCAGGCCUCUGCUGACCCUGUUUCCUCCUGUGGCUUUACCAUGCUGGCCCUGGGAUAUGAAACAUGUUCUGUCCCUCCUUUUGGCUGCUGCUUUUGCCCCUGCAUUCACUCCCAUCUUGAACCCUCCCCUCUCCCCACCCUGGGCCACAGCACCCCCAAGCAGGCGGACCUGUGUGUUCUUUGAGGCCCCUGGAGUGCGGGGAAGCACAAAGACACUGGGGAAGCUGCUAGAUGCAGGACCAGGGCCCCCCAGGGUUAUCCGCUGCCUCUACAGCCGCUGCUGUUUUGGGAUCUGGAACCUGACCCAACACCAGGCACAGGUGGAGAUGCAAGGAUGCCGAGACAGUGAUGAGCCAGACUGUGAGGCCUCCCACUGUGAGCUGAGCCCCCGAGCCCACCCUGGCCCCAGGUCCACUCUCUUCACCUGCUCCUGUGGCACUGACUUCUGCAAUGCCAAUUAUAGCCAUCUGCCUCCUCCAGGGAGCCCUGGGACUCCUGGCUCCCACGGUCCCCAAGCUGUCCCAGGCGAGUCCAUCUGGAUGGUGCUGGUGCUGCUGGGGCUAUUCCUCCUCCUCCUGCUGCUGCUGGGCAGCAUCAUCUUGGCCCUGCUACAGCGAAAGGCCUGCAGAGUCCAAGGUGGCCCAGAGCCAGAGCCAGAGCCAGAGCCAGGCUCAGGCAGGGACUGGAGUGCUGAGCUGCCCGAGCUGCCUGAGCUGCCCGAGCUGUGUUUCUCCCAGGUAAUCUGGGAAGGAGGUCACACAGUGGUGUGGGCUGGGCAGCUGCAAGGCAAGCUGGUAGCCAUCAAGGCCUUCUCCCUGAGGGCCGUGGCCCAGUUCCAAGCUGAGAGAGCACUAUACGAACUGCCAAGCCUACAGCACGACCACAUUGUCCGCUUUAUCACCGCCAGCAGAGGGGGCCCUGGGCCCUUGCCCUGUGGGCCCCUGCUGGUACUGGAGCUGCACCCAAAGGGCUCCCUGUGCCACUACUUGACCCAGCACACCAGUGACUGGGGAAGUUCCAUGCGGAUGGCGCUGUCCCUGGCGCGGGGCCUGGCAUUUCUCCAUGAGGAGCGCUGGCAGGAUGGCCAAUACAAACCAGGUAUCGCCCACCGAGAUCUGAGCAGCCAGAAUGUGCUCAUUCGGGAGGAUGGGUCGUGUGCCAUUGGAGACCUGGGCCUUGCCUUGGUGCUCCCUGGCCUCACCCAGCCUCCCACCUGGGCCCCAACUCAACCCCGAGGCCCAGCUGCCAUCAUGGAGGCUGGCACCCAGAGGUACAUGGCACCAGAGCUCUUGGACAAGACUCUGGACCUACAAGACUGGGGCACGGCCCUCCGGCAAGCCGAUGUUUACUCUCUGGCUCUGCUCCUAUGGGAGAUCUUGAGCCGCUGCCCAGAUUUGUGGCCUGACAGCAGACCACCACCCUUCCAACUGGCCUAUGAGGCAGAACUGGGCAGCACCCCUACCACCUGUGAGCUGUGGACCUUGGCGGUGGAGGAGAGAAGGCGCCCCUACAUCCCAUCCACCUGGCACUGCUUCACCACAGACCCUGGUGGCCUGAGAGAGCUGCUAGAGGACUGUUGGGAUGCAGACCCAGAAGCACGGCUGACAGCUGAGUGUGUACAGCAGCGCCUGGCUGCCCUGGCCCGUCCUCAGGAGGCCCGCCCCUUCCCAGAGAGCUGCACCCACGACUGCCCACCUCUCUGCCCAGAAGACUGCCUCUCACCUCCUCCCCACUGCCAUUCCCCCUUGUAGGCCUCCACUGAAUGUCUGCUGCUUCAGCAUUCAGCAAGGCCCUGGUGUCAGGAGUCCUCCUGUACCAUCUCUCACCUGUAAAUAUGCAGUUUAUGUAUAACCUAUGUACGUGCAAACAUAAAUACGGUGAUCAGAUACCUGUCUGCUCUGCCUCACCACUGCCUUUCCUACUUGC